GUGGAGCUCAGCCAUUCGCGCGUCGACCACGGCGGUAUCCGAGCGAGCAAGCAGGUACAGUAGUUCAGUUCAGUAGCGCCCAGUAGGCAGGCAACGCGCGCGCAACGGUUGUAGCAGUAUCGCCGUAGCAUCAUCUCCGUUCCAAAGCAGUUUGGGGGUGCCUCGAGCUAUCGUGGAGUGUACAGCCGAGGAUGGAGAGCAGCCUGCUCGACACCGCCGUGGCUGCCGCCAGCCUCUACCCGGCGGCGGCCAGGCGCCGCCGCGCCGGGAGCACGGCGAGCUUCCUCAGCUGCUCCUCCUGCUCCUCCAGAGACUGCAGGGUGAGCGCGUCCUACUCCCACUCCAUCAGCCGGAUGCUGAGCGGGGUGCGGUCGGCGGCGCGCAAGAAGCUGUUCAGGGCCGACCCGGCCGACCUGCUGGGCGUCGCCAACUGGCCGGAGACGGGCGGCGGCCACCAGCAGCACUGGUGGACGGCGCUGGAGCACAACUUCGUGCUGGAGGCCACCGACGACGAGUACGGCGGGGUCGUCGUCGACGCCGACAGGCUGCCGGCCGACAAGGCCGCCUUCGCGCGCUCGCUCGCGGCGUCGCUGUCCUACUGGAAGUCCGUGGGGAAGAAAGGGGUGUGGCUGAAAUUACCAGUGGAUCUUGCCGAGUUCGUGCCCUUGGCAGUAAAGGAAGGUUUCAAGUACCACCACGCUGAGGAAUCGUACUUGAUGAUGACGUACUGGAUCCCCGACGAGCCAAACAUGCUCCCAGCAAAUGCUUCUCAUCAGGUUGGAGUUGGGGGCUUUGUGAUCAAUGAUCAAAUGGAGGUCCUAGUGGUUCAAGAGAAGUAUCACGGUUCAUCGCUGGAUGGUGUGUGGAAACUCCCCACAGGUUUCAUUCUUGCGUCGGAGGAAAUCUAUACAGGAGCUAGCAGAGAGGUGAAGGAGGAAACUGGGGUCGACACCGAAUUCGUCGAUGUCGUUGCUUUCAGGCAUGCCCACAACGUGGCGUUCCAGAAGUCCGACCUGUUCUUCAUCUGCAUGCUGAGGCCCGUUUCAAGUGAGAUCAAGAUUGAUGAGACAGAGAUUCAGGCAGCAAAGUGGAUGCCGCUGGAGGAGUUCGUGAAGCAGCCCUUCAUCCAGGAAGACCACAUGUUCCAGAAGAUAAUGGACAUCUGCAUACAGCGCCUGCGGAAGUGCUACUGCGGCCUGACGCCGCACCACGUCGUCUCCAAGUUCGACGACCGGACGUCCACGCUGUACUACAACGUGGCUGAGCCCGAGGACGUGAACUGCAGCGCCGCUUGACGAACGGAUCGCCGCCCAGCCCAUCCAUAGAUUUUGCUGCGCCAAGUUCGUAAUGCAGCAGCAAUGUUAGUGACGCCAUUAUUGCUGAGUGUGUGAAACAGCUGAAAGCGCGAGGCAAUAGCGUUGCCGAGCCUGUAAAUAUAUUUCUAGGAUACUUAGGCGAUGACGAAUCGGUAGCUGCAGUUUGGACAGUGAAUAUCUGUAUUCAAAUCCUCAACAAUAAAAGAAUCCAAGCCGGUGCUACCGAUCCGAAAAGAAUCCAAAGCCGGUGCUACUGAUGAAACUAGCGGUCUGCAACCAUAACUGAAGGUCCAUGGACCCUCUUCAAGCU